AUGAAGAAGCCCGACGCCCUGUGUCUUGUGUGUGGUGACAAGGCCUCUGGCAAACACUAUGGAGUACAAAGUUGCGACGGUUGCCGUGGUUUCUUCAAACGCAGCAUCCGCAGGAACCUCGACUACGUCUGCAAAGAAAAUGGCAACUGCAUCGUAGACGUCGCUCGCAGGAACCAGUGUCAAGCAUGCCGCUUCAAGAAGUGCUUGGAGGUCAAGAUGAACAGGGAUGCUGUCCAGCACGAACGCGCCCCCCGAUGCUAUCAGUACAAGAGAGACAGCCCCGACAAUAUCAGAUUAGACGAGAAGCAAGCUUACGCCCCGCUAACUGACUUCAUGGACCGCAGCAGAUUUGAGUACCCCCAGUAUCCCCAAUACAGCUCUCCCGUUGCUAUGGCACCUGAGUAUGGUUACCCAGCAUUCUCCCAGCUUCAUCUCCAGAUGGCAGAACAGCAGAGACGGAACAGUCUAUUGGCUGGCGCUGGCCUGACGCCACCUACACUGCCAAGCAACAUGGUGCACAUGGCCGGACUAGCCAAUGGGAUUCCUUCACACAUUCCUCCAAUGCCAUCCAUGAACGAGAGCAUCAGCAGCAGUAACAGUAGUCACGCAGAGAGCGACGAUGACGUCAAGAAAACGUCAUCGAAGGUGAAGGACACACCGUCACCAGCGAUAAGCAAAGGGAGGUCACCCAGUCCCAAUAAGUCAAGUUCUGAUGACAGUAUGAAAGAUUCGCCAUCAUCCAACCGUUCAUCUGAUACAUCCAUGCCCUCUGUCUCCAUGGUAACGCCAAACUCAUCUACAUCAUCAAACUCCUCUUUCCACGCCCCCUACAGCAUGAAGACCUCUACCCCCGGGGGCGCCGCCCCUCCCCCUCCUCCACAGUUCCCCACCCAUCUCCAUCUUCUUCAAACAAACGCUGAUCACGGAGCGUACGUUAAUGCGGCUGCCGAGAAUACUUACGAAACUGCGGCUCGUCUCUUGUUUAUGUCUGUGAAGUGGGCGCGAAAUAUCCCAUCAUUCCUGCACCUUCCGUUCCGGGAUCAGGCCAUCUUACUGGAGGAGUCAUGGAAUGAACUGUUCGUUCUCAGUGCAGCUCAGUGGGCUUUGCCUAUAGAUGCAGCCUCUCUCCUGUCUGCUGGUGGCAUGACGACGGAGACUCAGACGUCGGACAAGUCGUCGACAGUGUACACGCAGAUUCGGCUGUUACAGGACGUCAUCGCGAGAUUUAACAACCUCCGAGUAGAUGCUACAGAAUAUGCCUGUCUUAAAGCAAUCGUCCUUUUUAAGAGUGAGACCCGUGGUUUGCGAGAUUCCCUCCAGGUGGAGACACUACAGGACCAGGCCACACUCAUGCUGAGCGAAUACACCUUCACGCAGCAUCCCGCCAGUAAGAUGAGGUUCGGAAAGCUGCUUCUUCUCCUUCCGGCGCUGAGAACAAUUAGUUCCAGAACAAUCGAGGAAAUAUUCUUCCGCCGAACGAUCGGCAGCAUUCCCAUCGAGAGACUUUUGUGUGAUAUGUUCAAGUCAAGCUAAACCAUCUUGAUAAAACCGACAUUGUGGUUGUGGACAAUAGUGCAGACAAUAUAUUGUUGAGUUUGACUGCGCAUGCGUUGUUGGG